AUGCCAUCAGACAGCAGGAGGGCAGAUGCAUUCAAGGAGGAGACCCUCAGUGGAUCUCAGCUGAUGGAGCACGUCCCUGUCACUGUGGAGGAGCUGCGGAGCCACUUUGAGGCUCUGGGUGGUAGGAAGGAAACAGAAAGUGAGAGGAAUUCACUUUCAUCACCAUUGAAGAGUCAGCCUGGGAACCAUUCUGCCAUCUCUCAGGAGGAGUCUAGCGUGAAAAGAGGGAGAGCAAUCUUUGAAAAGAUGUCAUCAGAAAAUGGCCAUAGCAACAGCUCUGAAGUGGAGUCUCGCAAACUUGUAAGAGGACUAUCUAAAGAGAGCACUUCCAGGGCUGAUAACACACUGCUGGAUUUCCAGGAGACUGUCUCCUUUAAAGAAAGAAUGGCUAUGUACAAGGCUGCAGUGUCCUUUGCCCAUAGUUCACAGAAGAGCAAGUUCUGUACUGUGCCUGGUGGCCUGGCAGCAGUGAGGAAACAAUUCGAGAAAGUGCAAAGGAUGUCUCCAAAAAAGACCUUUGUUCAGUAUCAGCACCAGCAUAGAUCUCUACAGGUUUCUCCUCAUGAGCAAGUUACCCAUGAAAAGAAAAUGGCAUCUACAUUCACUCAGCAUGAAACAGUAAUCAAUUCAGCUCAGAAUGAAGAGCUCCCAAAGACUGUAACACAGAUUUUAAAAGAACAGAUUGAGAAGGCAGCUCAGGAAAAGGCUGCUCACUCUGACAGAGAGAUCACAACAUCCGCUAAAGAAGUAAAGAAACUGCAGAUUCAGGAAAAUGAAACAUGCAAACUCUGUCGACAGAGAGUUUACCCCAUGGAAUGUCUAGUUGCCGAUAAGCAAAAUUUUCAUAAAUCGUGUUUCCGAUGUCACCACUGCAGCAGUCAAUUAAGCUUGGGAAAUUAUGCAUCUCUCCAUGGAAAAAUAUAUUGUAAACCCCAUUUUAAGCAGCUUUUCAAAUCAAAAGGAAAUUAUGAUGAAGGUUUUGGACACAAGCAGCAUAAGGAAUUAUGGAAUUCUAAAGAUCUACUUAGUUCAAUUAAAAAUAAUCAGGCUGAAGAAACAAAUCCCAUUAAUAGUGCACCUGUUGAUCCUAAACCAAUUACAGAAGUAGAUAAAGACUUGUACUCAGGUACUGAAGGUGCACGUCCUGAUAUUUUGGAUAAUAAUUUGAAAAAAUCCACAGAAAGAGGUAAAUUAAAAAUGAUAUGGCCUCCUUCAACAGAUGAUGCAACACCUAAGAAAACAUUUUCUAUUGAGGAAUCAGCUAAAGUAAAUAAGUCAAAGUGGCCCCCAGAAGAUUUUGCUCAAGAAGAUUCUAGUUUACAUAGAAAUAAACCUCUGGGCAACAAAAAGGAAUCUCAGAAAAAUCCCACUGUGAUGGAGCAAAAUAAAAACAACACCACAAAUUCACAACAAAAUCAACACUCAUCCUUUUGCUCUCUGUCUGAGAAAGAAGGUAAAAAUACCUGCAAAGCAAAGAAAAAUGAAGCAGGCAAUAAGGGGAAGGAUGGGGAAGCAGGGAAUGUGCAAGAUAAGGUGAUUAAACUAGAAGCGUCAGAGAGUAGGGAGCAAAGUGGAAAGGAUAUUAAUGAGGGCGAUAAUGUAAUUGUGGAUAGUCCUGGGAAGAAGCAAGAAAAACAAAUAAAUGAAACUGAUAAUUCAGAAGUUGUACAAGUCACUAACAUUGAUGAUGUAACAGUACAAAAGAAUUACAAAGAAUGCAGCUUGAAUAGCAACAACAAUAAUAAUUAUGCCACUUUUUCACAUCAAAAUAUUUCUACACAAAAAACAACUCUCUCAGCUAUGUCUACCCCAAAGCCAGCAUUAAGCCAUGCUAUUUGCACUGAAUCACAGCAUGCCUUUGCAAAACUGGACAGUCAGUCUGGAAAUGAAGAAAUAUACGCAAUGUAUGAACCUCAUGAGAGCUGUUCUAGUAAUACUGUACUUGCACAGGACGAACCAAACUCAAAAGAUGAAGAUGCUGUUACUUCUAAGAGUCUUUCUCAAUUUAAUAAUGAUGCCACUUGUCAGAAGUCUCAUACUAGCAGCAUGAUAGUUUUGAAGAAGGCAACUAACACAUUCUCUGUUGAUACUGAGUUGUUAUGCACUGGAGAAGAAUCAGAAUAUGACAAAAAUAACAAAAAGCUAAAUACUAUUUUAUCUGACACUCUGAAGAAAUCUUUUCUUAAAAAAGACAACCUGGUUUUAAACUGUGGUCUAAUAGACUCUAUAGAUGUGCGGGCAGGUGCGGAGCUGCCAGUGGGACAAGUUCUGAGGCCUUGCAAACUCGGUGCAAGCCCCGCAGCGCAGUGCGAGCCGCGGCGAUGGAGGGUCCCGCACAGCGCAGCGCUGAGGCAGCCGCCGAGGACGCGGUCCUGUGCCCGCCGCGGCCGCGCCAAGGUCGGCGGCAGCCGGCAGCGGCCGCAGGGAUGUUGCCGGCGGACACGGUUUCAGCACGGUGGAAUUCCCCUAGAAAAAAAUACAUCUUCUUCCACUAAAUUUUACUUAUUUUCAACAAAACGCCCUGGCGUGAAGCUCCAUAUUCCUGUGCACGCGGGGAGUGGGCGGCACACGCUCCCCACCUGCACGGCCGGCCCUCAGCCCGCUCCCGUUUUCCAGAGCGGCUGGGGAUGA